AUGUGGGGUGCAGAGGGGCCCUGCUGCCCUCUCUCCGUGACGGUGCCAGCCGGCACACUGCAGGUCCCUCUGGGGGGCACGGCCCUGCUGCCCGCCUUCCUGAAUGUGUCGGAAACCCUGCCCAAGUUCUUCCAGGUACGCUGGCGCUUCCUGCCCACAGGACGGCUGGUUCUGCUGCUCGUAGCCCACCAUUGCCAUGGAGCGGGCCCCUGGCAGGAAGCCUGCACACACGGCGUGGAGCUGGGCCAGGGCUAUGAGGCCCGGGCAGGCCUGAUGGUGGGAAACUUGUCUCUACUGCUGCGGGGCGUGCGGGCCCCGGAUGCUGGAAACUACUGUGUGACCGUGCUGGGCCACGACACAGACUCCUCAGCCACGGUCAGCUUGAGAGUGGAGGAAGCACUUCCAGAGACUUCCCCUCAUCCCCAUCCACUUCCAGAGACCACCACUGCCCCGAUGCCUGAGCAGGAGAUUCCUGCUGGCAGCACCAAGCCUGAGCAAGGGACUCCUGUCAACAGCACUGUGGAGGAAGAGCUGGUGCUAGAGGUGCGGCCUGUCUUCAAGGUGGGGAAAGUGGAGGAUGAUGGAAGGGGACCUGUGCUGGCCAAUGCUGUCCACCUGGCCCUAAGUGGCAUGGUGCUUUGCUUUCUGGGGUUGAUCGUGGGUGAGCACGUCCUGUCAGCGAGGAAGAAAGAGGCUCUGGAGAUGGAGCUGUGCCCAUAUGCAGUUGUUGCCAUCAGUCCCAAUGCCAUGGGAACAGCCCUUUGAGAGACACCUAUCUGGGACAGCUCAGUGUAACAUCAAUGGCUUGUGUUCCCUCUAACCCCACAUACUUUCUGCCUUCCGGGGGCCCCCGUGAAAGGAUCUGCUGACAACACCUGCUGGACUUCUACCCUCAUGGUGGUGAUUCCCAGAGCUUGAUAACACACUGGGUUGGAAACAUCUAAACUGACAAAUUAUCAUGUAUCCUUCACCCUUCCACUGUAAAGAUGCUUUUCAUUUAAGAUAGGAAGGGGAAGCUUGAAGCAAAGGGAGAAAGCCAAAAGUUCGAGUGGGAGCUCCCUCCUUUCUCCCACAGUUGAUCUCUCUCCUCUGAUGUCAGUAAGUCCAGUCUUCUCAUUGGGGUAAAUCAACUGUGGUCCUCCUGAAGCUGGAUUUGUUUGCAAGGACCAGCUAGUUUCAUUCUUCCCCAGCUUUGUGCUUGUUACAGAGAGGAGAGCCAUGCAGACUCUCUCUCACUUCCAUGUUCUUUUCCCACCACUUCCCCUUUCAGCCCAAGCUUCAUGUGUGUAUUUUUCCAAGUGGGAACCUUAAGCAGUAUCUCCUCACCAUGCUUAAGUCAGCAGUAAGACUGAAGCUGAAGGACAAGUGCGGUGAGGAGCAGAAGACACUCACCCAAUCUCUUCUGGGUGGGAUUCUCCUGCCUGGUUCUCUGCAGGUCUGGUUCUCCUUUCUCUCUGUGUUGGUAUUUUUUAUCAGUGCAUAGUGAGCACAAGCCACUACCAGCAAUAGCACUUCACACUCAUUCAUUUUGCACUAAUGUGAGUGUGGUGAGCAUAAAACAGAAAGGUUGGCCAGACAGAAGAGAUCAUACUUUUCCACUGGUUGGUUGGAUACCUCCCUUUCCAGCCCUUCAACUUCUCUUGAAAAGGCACCAGGGCUUUUUUAGACCCUUUUCUACCCAGAAUUAUUUCCAGGGAAGUCACAUACCCAGGUCUCCAAUGAUUGAUAGCCUGUCUACCUAAUUGACUUUCUUCCCCUCACUCCUGGUUCUGUUAAAGGCCUUACCCCACCACCCAUCUAUUUUCUGCAAAGGUUUUCCAACCGGAUCCUUACUCCAGGGAGCUCGCUUGUAUUUAUUGUGCUUGCUCCCUGGUUGCCCCAUUGAAGGGCCCAACAUCGCCAAGGCAAUCCUUACAAGUUCUUAUUCUUUGGCUGAUUUAUCUGAGUUACAGGAUGGUGGCUGGUAACCAGAAAUCCAAUUUUCUCCCCAGCAGGGCUUAAGACGCGUGGAGGCUGGUAUACUUGCUGGGCAUAUCCCUAUGAGCAGGAAUAUGCAUUUCCCUGGGGACAAAUAGCAGCAACAUAUAUUUGUGCUGCUGCUAGUUGUCCCCAAGCAUGCCCCUGGUGGGGUCAGCACCCCCACAAGUUGCCCUGGAUGGGGUAGGGGAGUCUGGGUCCAGCAGCUGGACUGGCCCCAGAAGCCUUAUCUGGGGUCCUUGGGGCCUCCCAGGGCAGCAGUGGCAGUGAUCCAGACACGUGGAGUCUGGGCAACCGCUGGAGUGGCUGGCCAGGCUCUGGUUUCUGGUGGCACCUACUGCUGCCACGUGCACUGUACCACUUUUUUUUGGUGCAACUUUUUUAAAUAAUGGGAUUUCCUGGUAUCUCUAAUUGUGCUGCCACACUGCAAAUAUGCAGUACAGCAAACAGAUUACCGUGCACCACAUGCGUUUUGCAGUGACUUAAAAGGCUUUGACAUGCUGGACACUGCACAUUCCCAUGUGUGGGGACACAGUCACUAAGUGUAUUUUAGCACUGUUCCCAGCCCAGAUCCUGAAACAUCAUUUUUUAUUAUAAACAGUUUUGAAAAAAUCAGGUUGUCACCAUUCUAGGGCGAGACAGAAUAUAUUCUUUAACUGUUCAGCAGCCUUAUUACACAGCUGAGUCUUUGGAGUUAUUCCUUCCCUUUCUUCCUUUGUUAAGUUGCUUAGUGGAGCAGCUUGAGAAGAAUGACUAGAAAGAACAUUCUAAUAGGAUUUUGGCUGAUUUUUUUUUUUUUUUAAUAUCAGGUCAAAACUUAGUGAAAUUGUUUGUCAUAUUUUUAAUAAGAAUGUUGCUGAGUUUUGAAUCAAAAUGAUUUUAGAAAUGCUGGGCUUAUCAAAAAGUUGGCUUUUAGUAAAAAAAACCCUCAGUUCAAUAAAUGUUUCUGCAGUGCUUUU